AUUUGAUAUUGGGAGGGACGGAGACGACCUCGGUUAUCAUGGCGUGGGGCAUGUCAGAGAUUAUCCGUCAUCCGAGAGUCACGCAUAAGCUUCAGCAAGAACUCAGAACUGCUCUCAAUGGCAAGCCGAAGAUAGAAGAAAAGGACACCAUCAACCUUCCCUAUCUAAACAUGGUCCUCAAAGAGACCAUGAGGCUUCAUCCUCCCGCCCCUUUCCUCGUCCCCCGCCAUUGCGAGCAAACAAUGCAGCUCGAUGGCUACACGAUCCCCGCAAAUAGCAGAGUCAUACUUAACGCGUGGGCGAUCAUGAGAGACCAGAGCUAUUGGGAAGAUGCCGACAGCUUCAGGCCGGAGAGAUUUGAAGAUGCUGCUAAAGCUGCGGAGUGUAAAGAUGCUUACAUUCCGUUUGGCGGAGGAAGGAGGGUUUGCCCAGGAAUCAAUUUUGGGAUGAGAAGCAUGGAGAAUGUGAUUGGAAAUCUGCUCUAUCAUUUCGACUGGGAGCUGCCUGGGGGGAAGAAGGCUGAGGAACUGGACAUGGAGGAAGCUUUUGGCUUGUCUUUGGUUAGGAAAAAUGAUCUGUUGCUUGUUCCUACGCCUUAUAAUCCUAAAAUUUAAUAUUUGAUUGGUAUGUCUAAAUCGUCUGGAGUAGUAAUUAUAUCAAAUAAACAUGUUGUUAUACGGCCUAAGUUGAUUUUGACUAUGUUAUUAAACAUAAGAAGUUUAUUGUGCUUGUUAAUCAUCAUUAAUUAUACGUUCGUUGAACAAUCGAAUGGUAAUGAUUA